GCGGGAGGAGGAGGAUAAGGGGGGGUAGCUAGACCCAGCUAACACCAAUACUGGCAGCUUGUUUAUCUGUGUCUCAGUGCAGUCUGACUGACAUUGAUGUCACGUACAGAGACAAAGAAACGCUGAAGAAACGAGUUGAUGUGUAAACCAGCGGACACUCCGUUUCGAAAAGUAAAACAAUGAGCAAAUGGUGAAGGAGGGCAGGGUGAAGACAGAAAGGGCAUCUCUGAGUGAAGCAGCAGCAGCCUCCUCCUCCCGGACUGUAAUCUGCGGAUGAGAGUCGGUGUGUGACCCGCGGCUCAGCGGGAGCUCUGCUGCCGAUAGGAGCAGCUGAUUACCGGUGAAAACAGCAGAGACCGCAGACAGCCACCAUGAAAUUCACCGAGCAUCUCUCAGCUCACAUCACACCGGAGUGGAGGAAGCAGUACAUCCAGUAUGAGGCAUUUAAGGAGAUGUUGUAUGCUGCACAGGACCAAGCUCCAUCCAUUGAAGUCACAGAUGAGGAUACAGUCAAGAGGUACUAUGCAAAGUUUGAAGAGAAGUUUUUCCAGACGUGUGAAAAAGAGCUAGCCAAAAUCAACACCUUCUAUUCUGAGAAGCUGGCUGAGGCUCAGCGGAGAUUCGCCACGCUGCAGAAUGAGCUGCAGUCCUCACUGGACGCCCAGAGGGAGAGCUCUGCUAACGGGCUGGGUGUCCGGAGGAGAAAAACUGUGUUUGCCCUUUCGCAGAAGGAGAGAUGCAAACACAGGAACAUAAAGGAUCUGCAGCUGGCCUUUUCAGAGUUCUACCUCAGCCUCAUUCUGCUGCAGAACUAUCAGAACCUGAACUUCACAGGGUUCAGGAAGAUCCUGAAGAAACAUGACAAGAUCCUGGAAACUUCAAAGGGGGCCGAUUGGAGGGUGGUCCACGUUGAAGUGGCUCCGUUUUAUACCUGCAAGAAGAUCACUCAGCUGAUCUCUGAGACUGAGGCGUUGGUCACAACAGAGCUGGAAGGUGGGGACCGUCAGAAGGCCAUGAAGAGGCUGAGGGUUCCCCCACUGGGAGCUGCACAGCCUGCUCCAGCGUGGACAACCUUCAGAGUUGGGCUGUACUGUGGGGUAUUCCUUGUCUUGAUUGUCACUGUGGUCAUCACAGGAGCUGUGAUGAUCGACAGUUCUAAAGUCUGGCCUAUGAUCAGGAUCUACAGAGGAGGUUUCCUGUUAAUCGAGUUCCUCUUCCUUUUAGGAAUCAACACCUACGGUUGGAGGCAGGCGGGAGUCAAUCAUGUCCUCAUAUUUGAGCUCAAUCCCAGAAAUAACCUGUCCCAUCAGCAUCUGUUUGAGAUUGCAGGUCUGUUGGGGGUGCUGUGGUGCGUCAGCUUGCUGUCGUGUCUCUUCUCUGACAGCAUCUUGGUUCCGAUGCAGGCCAAUCCUCUGGCUCUUUAUGGCGUCUUCUUCCUGUUUCUCAUCAACCCUUCGAAAACCUGUUACUAUAAAUCCCGUUUCUGGUUGCUCAAACUGCUGUUCAGAGUGGUGACCGCUCCAUUUCAUCAUGUUGGAUUCGCAGACUUCUGGCUGGCUGACCAGUUAAACUCUCUGGUGGUGGUUUUGAUGGAUCUGGAGUACAUGGUUUGUUUCUACAGCUUUGAGAUGGACUGGACCAAACACAAUGGGCUUUUCAUCAAACCAGGUGAGAUGUGUAGAACCAAGCAUUGGUGGAGCACCUUUCAAAGCUGGAAAUAUCAAUGGCUGACGCUGUCUUUCUGUUCAGAAAAGGCAUUUUGUAACACCUACACGUACGGCCUCCGGGCAGUGAUAAAGUGUCUCCCUGCAUGGUUCCGGUUCGCCCAGUGUCUUCGCCGUUAUCGGGACACCAAGCGAGCCUUUCCUCACUUGGUCAACGCCGGGAAGUACUCCACUUCAUUCUUCGUGGUCACCUUCUCAGCCCUGUACAACACACACAAAAAAUCCAACCUGGAAAGCAUCUUCUUAUACUUGUUCAUCGCCUUUGCAACUGUAAGCUCUUGUUAUACUCUGAUUUGGGAUCUAAAGAUGGACUGGGGCUUGUUUGACCGCAAUGCAGGAGAAAACACCUUCCUGAGAGAGGAGAUAGUCUAUCCACAAAAGGCUUAUUACUACUGUGCCAUAGUUGAAGAUGUGCUGCUGCGUUUUGCGUGGAUCCUAACAGUCACUCUCACCUCUCUCACCUCGGUGGAAGGCGACAUACUGGCUACUCUGCUGGCUCCGCUGGAAGUCUUCAGGCGCUUUGUGUGGAAUUUCUUCCGACUGGAGAAUGAGCAUCUAAAUAACUGUGGUGAGUUCAGGGCUGUCAGAGACAUCAGUGUGGCUCCGCUCAACGCCGACGACCAGACUCUGCUGGAGCAGAUGAUGGAUCAGGAGGACGGCGUGAGGAACCGGCAGGGCAAGAAAAGCUGGAAGAGGAGCUACAGCAUGAGUCUGCGCAGACCACGCCUGGCCUCCCAGUCAAAAACCCGCGACACCAAAGUCCUGAUCGAGGACACGGACGACGACUCCUGACAUCAGGCCACGCCCCUCGCCUGGGUCCACAAUCUGUUCAAAGGAGGAAACUCUGCCUCCUAAAGAAGAAAUCACCUGGCGAGUGGGCGUUCAGCUCCAGUAAGGACCAGCUUUGAUCUCUGGAUCCUUUUUCCCACCUGUGAGCCUCUGCUGGGGUUCUGAAUUAUUUCAAGGGAAGAAUUUUCACCAUUUUCUGAACUUUUGAACCAGCUCUGCAGCUCCCCCUCCGUACUCCGAACUCUGCUCUUGCUAACCUGAUGAGUGGGUGAUAAUCCUUCCUGAUGAUCACCCAGCAGCAGACUCCUCAGAGCCUCAGCAUGAACAACGCAGCUAAAGAAAAACCAAGCAAACUGGCCUCUCAUGUAGUGUUACUGCCCCCUUUUCAGUGCCACAGAUCUCUGUGGGAUUCCCACACUCAGAAAGGGGCGUCCAGUGACACAGAGUCCCUCUGCUGUAGAGCGCAGAGGACAGAAUCUCCCUUCUCCUUAUCUCCUCCAUCAUGAUGCAGCAGACGGUACUGAUCAACAUAUACGGCGAGGCCGAGAAGUCAUUCCCCGUAUCGAAUCAUCCCAUCUCCUCAUCACAGAGAUGCCUUCUUGCACCUUAGACGCUUUGGAAAAAACCAACAUGCACUUUGUAGAACAGGUCAAUAGAAACUCUUUACAUCCACUAAAGCAGUGAUGAUAGUUCAACUUUUCUGCAUGUAUAAAGAACCCCGAGUGAUGAUCAACACAUUUUCCAUUUUUAGAAAUGUUUUUUAAGUAUUCAUUUAGUGACUGUCUUAAAAAAAAGGUCAGAAAUGAACAAGUGGUGGGUCUGACUGCACAGAACAGUAGCUGGAAGGACAAAACAAACAAUGAAAAUGCAGAAGCACUUCUGCCACUAGGAGACGGUUCUCUUAUGCACGAGUGUGACAGAAAGCAGCGCCCCCAGAAAAGCCCACAGAGCUUCUGAAAUCUUCGAUUCAACCAUCCAACGGCAGAAACUGAGGACUGUGGAGGAAUAGGGGGGGAAAUCAUUGAAGCAAAACUUCCAGCAAUGGCCAUUAUUAAUUUGAGGAGGAGAAGAGGUCACCUGUCUGCCCCUUACUGAUUUACUGCUCCAAAAUCCUUAAAUAUUAAAGCCACAAACAGAAGCUUCAAUAGCAGAAGCAAAGGGAAGGAAGGAAAUCUAGCUUAGAAAUUGACCCCAGGUCUGACUGGAAGCAGGGCAAAUUACACAAAAGUCAAUGAUUUCAGGUCAUUUUCAGAUAAAAAUCAGAGGUUUAUUUUGCUUACAUUCCAAUAAAAUUUGCCAGAUUUAGUUUAAUGUCCGUUUAUUUUUCUAAAAGCACAGUUAAAAGCUCUCCAUUUGGAUCUAAAUGAAAUGAAAUCCUUUUGUUUAUGUAUUUUUCUUUCAGAUUUAAACCUGUGAUGUUAAAGGAGGGUUACUGUAAUUAUCUUCCCAGAUAUAAAUCAAGAUGAUAUCAGCUUUUUAUUGCCAAUGAACUGAUCUAAAGUUGUCGCUCUUUGCACGUCUCUCAGGCUUUGUUUAGAGUAGAAUUGGAACGUUUUUUUUUGGUUUGUUUUUUGUGAUUCUAAAUGUGUUCAGAUUCCAAAAUGAUAAGUUAUGGCUGAAUAACAGGGCAAUAGAAUCCAGAAUAAUGCAGGACCAUUCAAGGCUCAGCAGGACUUUUUAAUGGUUAUACAGCCUAACCACUGUUAGAAGAGGACCUAUUACAGUAGCAGCCGUUCAAAAUGGCCUUUCCCAAUCAAACCCCAUCCUAAUGGUUAGUAAAAACUCCCAACUUCCAGCUGCUGGAGGGAUUCCCCUCUUGCAUAUUUUUUUUACUCUGACUCCCCCCUUUCAUUGAAUUACAGCGUCUGUCCAGGAGAAGAUGCUUCUCUUUAGAUCUUAAUGUCCAGAAAUCAUGACAGAAUAUUUUAUUACAAAUAUUGAUGUUUAAAAGGAAGUGAAGGGGGCCCAGCCAAGGGCCCAUCAAGGAAAGUUGGGACAUUUUGAAUGGCUACUACUGUCUAUGUUGAACCAGGUGUCUGCAAGUAUAAGAUCCAUGAAGCCGGAUGGAAACCAACCUUCCUGGGAACUCUCUCUGUGGAGGAAUGUUAAAUGAGUUUUGACCAACAUGCUGCUGUAGCUAUUUCUAUAGUGGCAGUGCCCUGCUGUCAGACUCUUUACUGGAAGCUAGCUGUGCUAAUAUCACACACCAGGUUGGCAAAUCAGACAUACUUUCUUUUUUUCUUCAUCUUUUGAUCUUGAACCAUCUGUUUGUUAAGCAGCAGUGAAACCUGACCUUUUGUUUGUUUUUUUACAAAGCUUUUUGGGUUGUAGUUUCUGGAAGGAUCCAAGAGAGAAACCUUAGAAAGGUUUUUGGCUAAUUAUGGUUUGUGUCUAAUAUCUUAAAUACGGUUAUUGUUGGUUUCUAAUUUGUUGAGCAUGAGGAAGGAAGCCCCUUAGUUUUCUUAACGGGAUCCAGGACUAGUAGAACAUUUCGGACUAAACAUGUUGUUUUUCUUCUAACUUAAAAAAAAUUCUGGUGAUCUUUCAUUCAUUGGAACUCGUUGUAAUAUAUGUGAGAAAACGUUUUGAUCCUGAUGCUAACCGUAACGGGAGCUUUCUCUCCAUCUGGGUUAGCAUCUCCUAGCAGCACAAACACCAGUUUCUUCAGCCAACUCUCCCCUCUUCCUCAUCUUCAUCACCUCUCAUCAUUUCUAUAUUCUCAACAUGUUCUGGUUCAAACUGAAAAGGAUUAUUGUGACCGUUUGCAGUUUUAGUUUGAUUGAGCUAGUACUACAGCACCUAGCAUAUGUCAUUUACCCAUAAUACAUUGCAGCAUAAACGUUGGUGACAAUAUUUUAUUUAAAAGUAUUUUUGAAAAGACCUGCCCU